AUGAGACUCUUACACUUGUCUUUGUGCGCGAAUAAAAACUAUUUUGAUUUCUUCACUGAGCUUCUUCCUUGUGUUUUAAAAUAUUCUCUAUUACUCAGAUUUCAAAAUGGAAUCACAUUAAAACUAGCUGGCAAUAAUCGUGCAAUACCCAUGCAGAGACUCACCGAUGAUGAUUUUGAAAUUAUUACCUAUCUCGUAAAAAUACAUAGAACUAUUACAGGUUUGGAUGUUAGAUAUAACCUGAUAAGUGAUUUUGGAGCGAUUCAUGCUGCACAGCUAAUUGAGGAAAACCCAACAGUCAUCUACCUAAAUCUUAUGUUUAAUGACAUUACGACUGAGGGGGGAGAAAUAAUAGCCAAAGCCCUCCAUAGAAAUCAGACUCUCAAAUAUCUAAGAAUGACUGGGAACAAGAUUGAAAAUAGAGGUGGAAUGUCUUUUGCCACAAUGCUUCAAAUUAAUUCAACAUUAGAGAAGUUAGAUUUGGGAGACUGUGAUCUGGGGAUGCAGAGUUUGAUAGCAAUGGCAACUGUACUAACCAAAAAUGACUCAAUUAGAGGAUUAAACUUAAACCGCCCUAUUCUUAAGACUGAACAGGAGGAGUCAAUAGUGCAUAUAAGCCACAUGUUGCAAAGAAACUCAACUCUUAUUGAACUACACGUGUCUAAGCAUGAUAUUAAAAAUUUUGGCAUGCAACAGUUGUGUGAAGCCCUUUAUGAAAAUACUGCUCUACGUUACCUGGAUGUCACCUGCAACAGAAUAACUCGUGAUGCAAUGAAAUUUUUGGGAGAGCUAUUAAAAAGGAAUAAUGUAUUGGAAGUAAUAGAUCUUUCUUAUAACAGAAUCGAAGAUGAGGGUUCUAUGUAUGUGUGUGAAGCCCUGGCAUUUUACAACACAAGUCUGAAAGUACUAUCUCUAGUGAGCAAUCACAUAACUGGAAUAGGACUUGUUGCUUUCUCAGAAGCAAUGAAAACAAAUACCACACUUUCUCAUAUUUAUAUCUGGGGAAACAAAUUUGAUAAAGAAACAUGUCAGGCGUUUUCAAACUUAAUAAACACAGGUCGUCUAAAACAAGAAAAUACAGACGUGGAGCCCUAUGAAGUCGAUGACUGUGUGUAUCUUGCAGAGCUCUCUUAUGGUGUUAAAAAACAUUAUUACUGGACACCAACUUUUGGAGAAGUGGACAGUGCUGAAGCAAAUUCAGGGUUUGCUGUUGUUCCAACAGCUGCACAUCCAUGAAAACAAAAGAUCUAAGUUUUCUUUCAGGGUCCUGUUCAGACAACUACCAGCCCUUUCUUUUCAUGGGAGAUGGAUGUUUCAUGAUUAAGAAAUGGCUCCUUUACAAACCCUUUAGUAUUCAGCCUCACUAAAGCUUUAAAGCUUGGGUAUUUUCAUCAUGGAAAUCUUUUAUAACCUCAACACCUCCCUUUUGACCAAAGUAAAAUCAAGAUUAU